AGUGUUAGGGUAUGAGACGACACUGGGGUGUAGCGCAAUUUCCGUGUAGGAGCCAAACGUCGUAGGCGUGCGUGCCUUUAAGUGGCUGAUCCCUGGAAAUUGCAGGACGUUUGUGGUUGGUAACAUGUUAAGAAAAUACACGGGGGUCAUUUACGCCAUAGAGUUGGCUCUGCUAAACCUGGUUUGUCACAUUCUGUGUAGUAAGGAUGCAGGUCAGUUGGAACGCAUCAGCACAUUCAACCACUACAGUGCCAUGUUUGCUAUGGAGGAUGUGUUCUUCGAGAUUGUAUCGCCGCCUUCGCUGCAGUACACAUACUUGAUUCAAGUGACACGGGACUUUGGUGUGCCUUUCAACUUCACGUUGAUGAGCGCCCGCCUGGUGCCCGCGGAGCCGGCGUUCGCUUGCGAGCCCCUUGACAAUUGUGAGGACGUCGAGGGUGCGGUUGCCUUCAUUCAAAGAGGGGACUGUCCUUUCGUGGUGAAGGUGAUGAACGCGCAGAGGUGCGGCGCGCGAGCCGCUGUUGUGUUUGACGAUGAUCGGGACAACGUGGAGCACUUCAUUGAAAUGACCUCGGAUAGUGAACAGCUGAAACCCACGAUUCCUGCUGCCUUUCUCCUGGGAAAAAACGGGUAUAUGAUCAUGGAGACUCUGGGACGACUACAUCUAAGCCAUGCUGUGAUCAAUAUUCCUAUCAAUGCCAGCAUGUACCAUAUACACGAGAGAAAACAGCCACCGUGGGUGUUGUGGUGACAUCUGUUGGGCCAGUUGCGCAGUGCCGGUGUACCCUCAGCCGCCAGGAUUAGUCAAUGCUGUUGUUGGGUCCGUCUCCACGGUGUUGGAACUGGUGUUGUCGUUCCCUAGCGUUACGGGUAGUAUUUAUUUAGGAAUUCGAGAGUGUCGUUUAUCAUCCCAUGUAAAUCGUUGCCUGCCGCGCGGUGAGGGGCGUCGGCAGUUUGUGUUCCUGCAUUCGUUCAGAUCGGCUGGGUGCUUCAAUCAUCGAAAAUGCACCGGUUCCGCACUAAAGCGGAAAACGCUACCGACUGCAGAUUUCGAAGGGAGGUCGCGUUGGCGUCAUAUGCAGUCCUUGGUGAUGUGGAGGUGUUAGUCGGCGCAUGCUUCCCGCCAGUGGUUACUUGUGACGAGCUUCCUCCCACGUGGCUCCUGCGCUGGAUCUGAGCACUGUGAUAGCGUGGCGUGCGACGCGCGGGGACAGUGGCGUCGUGCUCAGUUUAAGUGCGCCCCUUGCGAUUGCCGACGUUUUGAUGCACCGAUGGAGGGUGCUGGACGAUAUCUCGAGGAUGUAGUAGCCUGGCACGAUGUUUGAAGAUCGGAUGGAAGCAUCGCAUGUCUCGUGUUCUGGGCAAGAGUUCGGUGAUACCAUUAUUCGCGAAUGGUUGGCUUGGUUCCAGUGUUGACGUGUGGAAUCGGCUUUCUUUUGGGGUCGCUGUUUCUGGUGUUGUGUGAUGAUCUCACAUCAGGACUGGUUUGGUGUUGUACAAUGCGGGCAAUAAAUUGACGCGGGUACGGAAUACUGUACCCGAUAACUAUUUCCGUCCCGUUACAGUCGCAUACACGCUAUACUCGCAUUAGAGU